GGAAUAAGCGCUGGAACUUAUAAAAUGCAGACAGACGCUGCUAACCUGUGUAACAACUCUGGAUCCUUUCUAAAGUGGUAUGACAAGUCCUUCUGUAGCUCAGGCAAAAAGAACCAACUAUGGACAAGUGCGACCCGUGACACGGAUACUCGAGAUUUAUUAGAAAGUGACAAAGGAUUAUCCUUUAAUCCACUGCUGUGCCAGUAUAUGGAUAUGAAUAAUUCAGUUGUUCGUUCUGGCAAAUGUAUAGAUACACGUUCAUUUAUGUGUAGAAUUGAGAAAAUAGAAGUAACUACAGUAGAGAAAAUAGAAACUACAAUAAUACCUGUAGUAAAUAAAACCCAAACCAGUACGGAUACUACAGGUACCAUUAUGUUGAUGUUUAUUCUUAUUGGAAGUCUUUCGUUGGUAGUACUUCUUAUUUUGGCUAUAUGUGUGUACAAGUUCAGCAAGUCCGACAAGAAAAAGAAAGUCGGUGAAGACUGUAACGAAGACUCAAAUGAGAACAACAGCGUAAACAGAACCAAAAAGCCACCACACCAUGUCGACACAGAGAAUUUAAAAGGAAUUUCAACAGAAAAUUCAUCAAAAGAAAAUAUGCCAAAUUUGGCAAUUGGAGGCGAAGGCGAAACAAAAGAAACUAGAGACGAUUAUGAUGAUAUUGAGAAUAAAGUGUUUUUCAAUAACAGUGUUACUCAGAAAGACAAGAAACAGAACAAAAGUUCUAAACUAUAUAAAAUCAAAAACAGUCAAACACAGAGAAAGUUUGACAACUAUGAUGAUAUGGAAGAUAAAAUAGGGGGUUUAAAACCGGUCUCAGAAAAACUGAGUAAAAGUUACAAAGAAACUGAACAUGAGUGUAAACCUAAAACAAGUAAUCAAAAUACAGAUCUAGGAUCUAAAUACUAUACAGAUAUCGAGAAUCACAAUUUAAAAACAAAGAUUGAAAACAAUACUGUGGUUGCUAUGAAUACGGGAAAAGUGAGUAAAGGUCAAGAGUUCCGAAUGGAUGUUGACUAUGACGAAAUAGAAGAUAGCAAUGAUGUGUCCGUGCCAUCUAAAUCGAAAAAUGUAUGUGACAAAGAUCUUAGUCCGAAAGGAUACUUAACCAUGAAUCCUGGGAAUGUAUCAAAAGGUGCAUUGCAGAGUGAUAUAUUUACUUUUAAGGAUGGUAUAAAAGGUUCAGAUAAGCAUGGUUACUGUGUGAAUGAUCCACCAAAGUUUACAAAAGAUGAGCAAUCAGAGUUCUCUAUGCCAAUGAUUGAUGACGAGUAUGCUGAGAUUGAAGAUACAAUUGAAUCAGUGUAUUCAAGUGCAAGCCUUAUUGGUGACGAUUCCGAAGAAAACCAAUUACUCAAAAGUGGUAACCCAAAUGUGAACUCGAAUACUCAUAGUUCAUUAGGCGAGGACGAGUAUGCUGAACUUGAAGCAGAAGGAGAUUCAGUAUAUUCCAGUGCAAGCCAUAUCGAUGACGAAGCUGGUGCAUUUAGAUACAAUCUAACAAAAAAUGAAAACACAGCAAGCACGUCGGUGCACUCAAAUAUUCAAAGUACAUACGACUUUGUAAGUCAUCCAGUGUAUGCCGUUUCUUCCAAGAGUUCGUCUAAUGUAAAAUCAAUGCCUGAUCUUGAAACCGAACCUUUAAUUUCAACAAACACUUUACCAAAAGCGUCUCCAAGGGAUUUUGGACUUAUUUCUCAACCUGGAUAUUUUGCAGUUCAAGCAAAUGUAUGCGAAGAACAGAAACAAAAACAUUUAGACUGUGAGGUACAUGAAGACGUUUAUGAUGAACUGCAUACGAACAGAUUGGAAGAAAACAAUGAUCAAUCAAUUUACGACCAAUCAAUGAAUUUGAACUAUCAUGGCGAUGAGACAGUUUAUGAUAAGCUGCACGGGAAGAGUCUGAAAGAGUCAGAAAACUCAUCAGCAGACUAUGAUCAUGUAUAAACCAACUGUGCUGUUCUUUACGGUAUAUGUAUGAUCCUCCGUUAUAUAUCGGAGCACUCCUCCGGCCCACUUGGGAUACAGACCUACUGCUUAACAAAUAUU